CUACCCAUUUUAUUCUAAAAAUGUAUGCUUUGCACAAUUCGAAAAUGACCCCUGCUACUUGAAAUAUCUUUCGAAACCGAAAAAGGAAGUAAUUUAUUAGUCAUCAACAGUUGUUUACAUAAACUCGUUCUACAAUCAUCUGGACAGGUUGAAAUAUGAAACGUGGAGGAAGCUAUGCACUGAUUAGUCUUAUUUUGCUGAUUGCUGUAACAUUUGUUUUUGAAGUAUCCCCGACUGUUACGAUACACAGUGUUGGUAGUCUGCGAGAUACCGGGUCUGUCCGAUGUGGUUCUAGGGUCACGUUUAUCUGUUCGAUCCCGACAUAUAAAUACACAAUAACCUGGUUAAUUGACUCUGAUAAAGUAGCAGAGUGUAUAACAACCAACUGUGUUCAGUACCCGCCAUACAAACUCCAAAAUAUUGAAUUUUCCCACAACACAAGCAAUGGAGUAUUCAACAUGACUAUUAAUCCUGUAACAUUUAAAGCCGAUGGACGUGUAAUAAAAUGUAAAGAUGGUUCGGAUACUGUACAUGUUUCACUGGCAGUGAAAGUUUUUCCUAAUCAAAGCACAACAACAAUUUCCGAAUCAAAAGAUGCCAGUCACGAUAUGAUCAACAUAACGGCGAUGUCCGGAUGCGUAUUUCCAAGGUCAGCAAUAACUUUGCAAUGGUAUUAUAACAAGGCAGGCCAAACACCCCAACUGUACAAGAUGAGUUCACCAACUGUUAGUGUUUUACCUGUAUGCAAAUCUGGAACUUGCGGCGGAGAUGGAGUAGUUCAGAUGUCAAGUACACUUUCUAUACCGGAGGUACAGACUGGCAGAGAAUAUUAUUUUCAAAUUGCAAUCAAACAUGAAGAUGAUGACAGUAAAGACAUCAUUUUGAUGAACUCAACUCGAAGUUACAAAAUAAAAAAAAUUCAUUCCGAAAUCCCGCAGACGAAGGAACAACAAGUCAUUUAUAUUGUAGUGGGAGGAACACUUGCUGCAGCAUUACUACUCCUAGGUAUUUUGGUUUACAGCGUAAGGAAAACUCUGUCUACUAAAAGAAGGAACAGGCAGUCUACGGAUACCACAACAAUCGAUCUCAUUGCACCUAAGAGGAAGGAAGUAUCUAAGUUGCAUAAAAUAAACUAAACACUCUUCAGAAAACGAGCCUGCAGAUGAUCCGGAUAAAACAAAAGAAGAUGAAAAAAAAAAAAAAAAAACCCGUGUAGUUUUGCCUCUCGACAUUUCAUUAGAUUUAAGCAACGGAAAAAGUGUCCUUAAAAGAGAAUUUUUGUGUUUUGCAUGUUCUGUUGCCUUUGUCUUUACUUGUGUUAGUGAUUCAAUAGGCGAGGAUGACUUUUGUUCACACUGUCCGGAAAAGGUUUAAAUGACCUUUGACCUUUGGAACCCAAAAUAAUUACGGGUCAUCUCUGGUCAUGACCAGCCUCCCUAUUAAAUUUCGUAAUCCUAGUCCCAAGUGUUGUGAAGUUAUUGUCCGAAAACCGUUUAAAUGUUCCGCGUCACUGUGACAUUGACCUGUGACCUGCUGACCUCAAAAUCAUUAGGAAUCAUCUGCUGGUCAUAACCAACCUCCCUAUUAAUUUUCAUGAUCCUCGGCCCAAGCGUUCUCAAGUUAUCAUCCGGAAACCGUUUAACUGUUUCGUGUUAUUGUGUCCUUGACCUUAAACCUACUAACCUCAAAGCCGAUUAUGACCUUUAUUUAAUCAUGUUACACCUGUGUACAAACAUUUAAGACCCAAGCGUUCUCAAAUUAUUCUCUGGAAACAGUUUAAUUGUUCCGAGUCACUGUGACCUUUGACCUAAUGACUUCAAAGUCAAACUUGACCUAUAUUUCAUGAUGUUACAUCUGUGUUCCAAAAAUUGUGAUCCUAGGCCCAAGCGUUCUCAAGUUAUCAUCCGGAAACCAUUUACAUUUUCCGAGUCACUGUGACCUUGACCUUUGACCGACUGACCUCAAAGUCGAACUUGACCUGUAUUUCAUGAUAUUACACCUGUGUAACAAAAUUUGUGAUCCUAGGCCCAAGCGUUGUUAAGUUAUCAUCCGGAAACCAUUUAACUGUUCAGGGUCAUUGUGACCUUCACUUUGACCUACGGACCCCAAAGUCGAACUCGUAUUUUUGAUGUUACCUCUGUGUACCAAAAAUUAUUUAAAUCGGUCAAGCCUUUUAUGAGUUAUCAUCCAGAAACCAUGAAAACCAACAGACCGACCGACCGCCAAGCUUACUCCUAUAUAUCACCCCCCCCCACCUCCACCAAACUUCGUUUUGUGGGGGUAUAAUAACCUAAUACAUUUUUUUUUUCUACAAUAAUUCUGUUUAAUGUCUAUUAUGCAAUCACUUUUUGAUUGCUAUAAUUGUAAAUACAUUUUUUUAGGAGGAAUAUUCUACGUUAUAUUUGCUUUAUAGUCCAUUUUGCAAACCCUUAUAUGAUAAGCAUUAUGUCGCUACGCAAGUUACUACGUAAACUUCCUGUAUGACAGUUUAACGUCAUUGUAUUGUGUACGUCGUUUUGAAAUAAAUCUGUUACAUUUCGACUAUUGCGAUAAACGAUUGAUAUAACGUUUCCAGAAUGACCACUUUAGAAAUAGAACGAUUUACACAGAGAUACUCGUUUGUUAAACUAAUGUUUGUAAGGCGUAAGUUAUUUUCCAUAGCUGCCUGUUUAUUCUUAAAUUUUGAUUAAUAAAUGAUAUAAUUAGUUAUUAUUUUGGUGUCUUUCAUGCUUUUGUCAGUUUUUUUAUGUUUGUUUUUAUUACGGUUGAGAUGUCAUCCAUGUACUUUUUAUCAUUUCACACAUAGUUUUAUACAACAUUUGUGUAUUUAGAAUAUACGUUUAAUAAGUCAUACUGUACAUGUAGAAUUCAACAUUUUACUUUAGAAUACACUGUCAAUCUUUAUUCUAAAUUUUUAAGAAAUCAUAGCUUUAUUACAACAAUUGUGUAAAUUAAGACAUAUAUAAGGUUUUGUAAUUUUUAAUAUAUCGAUCAAAUCUUGAUUUAAUUUUGAUUUCAGUCCAUUAGUGAUGCAAAUCAUUUGGUGUUAGGUUUACGCGGUUAUUAUUAUCCAUUCAUACAUUUUCAUGUUCCUGUCUAUUGCACAUGAAAUUUUCCUUCCGAAACUGACCUUUGACAAAAUGCUCUUCACCUUCUUGUUGCCCUUUCAUACCCUUCUUAUCUAUUGUCGGACCUUGACACCGCUGUUGACAGCACCGAUGAAACAUUUCUAUCCCAUCUUGGUUACGCUUGAAUUCUUGCGACUUCUAAAUGCAAUAACAUAGAUCAUGAUAUGUCCAAGACUAAAAUGAGAGUUACUUGCAUUCACAUCAAAUUAAGAUAUUUUCUUAUACAAGAAAUGAAAUUCAUAUAUCUCUGUGACUCUAUUGUCCCCAAUGGAAUUACCAAUGCACUAAAUGAAAAUGACCUCACGUUCAAAAAUCUAUAUUUUUUCAUUCUCAGCCUCGUCCUUAUCCGGGUAACAACAAAUACCGAAUCUGUGUAAUUAUUUUCUUUCUCCAUUCGUAAAUGCAGUCUUUUUAUACUGACACAACUCUGUUUUUUAUUAUAUUUGUUAUCUUGCUGUCCGGAGACGUCCAUGAAAAUCACGGGUCUGAUUCUAAAUCAUCAUCUGCAUAUUCCGAUGCGGAAUACAUUAUCUAAGCAUAUCUCAUGUGUACACUAAAAUGUUCAUAGUUUAGCUUUAAAAUUAGAUCCUCUUUACUUCGAUUUAAAGGACUUUGACAUAUUGUGUCUUAUAAAAUCUUAAAACAGAUAUGCUAAUUAAUACAUAAAAGAUUAAGUCAUGUAUAUGUUAUAAUAUUAUGAAAUAGAAAAAAAAACAUAUGAUUUUAACACCAUUACAGUAAAACAUCACUUAUUUUCAAUGAUCGAAGCACAGGUUUCAGGUAAAAUAUUUUUCUGUAUUUUACAGAGCUACUAAUACCGAUUCAUCCUCUUCACCACUUUUUGAUUUUUGACUAAAUCCAUCUGACAUGGGAAUUGGGAACAUCAUAUAUUUCUUUAGACUUUAACUUAAAUUAUCAGAUGCCAUUUCUUUAAGAAAAAGCACUAUAUGAUAUGAACCCAAUUUGCCUUGUAUAUAAGAUCAUUAAGUCUCCUGCAAAUUGUACCGAAACACAUCUUCUUCAAAUAUUGAUCUGAUAUUCAUUUCCAGAAGAAACCUUGUUAAUCAAAUGGAGUUGGUGAUCCCUUUCUUUAAUAGAACGCAAAUCUGCAAAAAAUACAAACACCACAAAUUUCCUCCAAGUUAAUUAUUAAUCUGCUAAUAUAAAUUGUAACGAUUUUCUGUAACAUGGAACAUAAAUAACGAAGUUGUAUUUUUGAAAGUAACCUAGUUAAAUGUUCGUGAUAAAUUCCGGACGUGUCUAAAAUAAGAUUGACAGUUUAAACAUAUUUAAAGGCAGUUUUUAGGUAGUGGUAAAUGGUUGGUAACUGGUCAAAGUACAUUUCUCGUUUUCUGAAAAAUGUUCUUAUUUUGCUGUAUGUCGUUAAUUCAUAUCAAAUUAAUGGUUGACAUUAUUAUGCUUUUAAAUAUUAUUAUAUAUUAUAUAUUUUGCAUUGCACAAAGUCUUUCAUUUGUCUAAAACUGUCAGACUCCUGGAUUCUAUACUUGUAUUGACUUUACAUCCGCAAGUAUCUGACAACUUCUUCACGUGAAUCUGAUGUGGAGCACCAGAACGACUUUAAACGAAAUAAUUUUUAUUCAAAUCGUUGCCAUGUCACUGAAGACAGAGGCCUCGGACUACAAACCUCUUAAUUAGUAGUACUCAUUACUUUCAUUGUCAAGAAGGUAGAAGGUUUUAAUAUCUUCUCGAUGGUGUGCGCGCAGUUUGUUUUUUUUUUUUGCACAUUUCGAUGCACGCCUUAUCAGGGUAAAAAAAAAAAAACACAAAAAAACACACACAUACAAAAGUUUCAGUAUCUCCAGAAAAGUACUAACAUUUAUAUUUUAUAUCGUUCAUAUUUUUUAUUUAGUUUAUCUAAAUAACAACAAAACGAACAGGUCUGCGUACAAUUUUACCUAUUUUCCUUUUGUGAAAAAACUGAAUUUUACAAAUGUAUCAUACAAAAUUGUCAUGAUGGUAUGAAUAUUAUCACUUUCUUAAUAAAAGGUUAUCAAA